GUCGCUUACCCACGCUUACUAACAUAUGAUAUAUCCAUAUACUCCCGCUCUUGCCACAUUCUCCUUCAACCUUCAAUCCGAUUGACUACUUUAUCCUCAAUUCACAUUUACACAAAACUCUUAUCAUCCCCAAAAGAAACAGACAAACAAAGAGAACAGACAAAAUGCCAGUCCGCGGCCCCGUCCCCGUCAACCUGGCCACCCGACAGGCCGCCGAGGUGCUCAAGGUCGGACCCAUGACCAUCCGCGUCUACGAGGACGGAUCCCGCACCGGCGACCGCGUCGGCGCCAUUCUGCUGGAGCUCCCGGCGGGGGUUUCGGGCCCGCCCAUGCAUUGGCAUCGGUUCCAUGAUGAGCUGUUUUUUGUUGUUAAGGGGACAUGCCGCUUCGUAACACCCGACGCCGAAGUCGACGCCUCGGCCGGAGACCUCAUGACGGUUCCGCCGGGAGCCAUCCACACGUUCAAGAAUGCGUCAGAGACGGAAGCCUGCGAGGUGUAUAUGACUGCCACGCCGGGCCACUACGUUGAUUACUUUCGAAUGCUGUCCAAGGCUGGAAAGGAGGGUAAGAUGCUUAGCAAGGAGGAGAUAGAGCACCUUAUGGCGCUGUUUGGGACGUUUCCGCCGGAUGUUGAGUCGGAACCUUGAAAAGGAUCUUUUACAGUUUAAAGAGGUCGGUCUCGGAAGGAAAACCGUUGCAGUUUAAAUUUAGUGUUCAGGCUUAAAUAAGACAAUGUGUUAAGCCAG